AUGCAUGGAAAAACAAUUAGUGGUGCCUGUGGAUAUGAAGAAAUCGACACUGUCUGGGGUGAUGAUGUAGGCAGAAUGUGGCAGGGCCUGGAUGCAAAUGGAUGCCAUGUGAUUGUUCUUGAGAGGAUUAUACCAGGGCUGCAAGAAAAAGAAAGGAACAAGGUAGUGUCUCUGCUGAUGAGCCAUGCCAUGAAUGCCAGAAGUGGUGCUUUGCGAAUUACAAAGUGUUUUUGGAGGAAUGAUAUGCUGUAUGUGAUUCAUGAAGGAGCGGUGCAUGUAAAAAGCAGGAUGGUUGAAAACUGCCUGCCUGAUAAUAACUUUAGUGUGCUGAUGUUUGUGCAGGCAGUGUAUGCGGUUGGGAUGAGUAUUGAUGAUGAGUGGCUCUGUAGUAGGAUCGGCAUGAAGAAUAUGUGGAUAGCAAGUGAUGGGAGCCUGCAGAUUGGAUGGAGUGAUAUUAUGCUGAAUUGUUUGAUGAUGCCUGAAAAUGAAGGGAAGUUGAUGGAAAACAAUAUGGAUUACGAUGAUUGUGGAUGUGAAGUGAAAGAAAGGCGCGGUGCCUUUGGAACAAGUGGAGGCUUUAAGUAUGGUAAGAAUGAAGCUGAUCGGCUGGUUGUGUUUCCGAUGGCUUUGAAGGGGAUGCUUUUGGAGUUGAUGAAGCACUUUUUGAGAGUUUCUGAUACGGAUGUAGAUGCAGAAACGGUUCAUGUGCAUGUAGAUGCCUUGGCACGGCACGAAUUGGAGCAGCCCAUGAAGAACUUUCUAAAUGAUUGCAAGAUGAUGGUAGAUGUGCUGUUUGUGAAGGGAGUGCGGAUGGACGAGGUAAAGAGAUGGGUCGAACUGAUGCAUGAAGCAUCUGGCAAGAGUAUGCAGAGGAUGUGUGGUGCAUUCAGAAGCGGAUAUAAAGGCGAGAUUACCGAUUGCAGAGGCACCCCGGUAGCGAUGGACGAAGCAGAGAACAGCAAUGGCGAGACAGGCAAUAGCAGCAUGGAGGAGGAAAGCAGUAAGAAUGCAAGUGAGGGGGAGUGCAGGGCACGAUCGUUUGGCACAAGGGAGUACAAGAGAGGGCGAUUUCAUGUGUGUGAGGCUGUUCCACUAGGAGAUAAGGACAAGGAAGUGCGGAAUGAUGAGUAUGCUAGCGGAAUGAUGAGGAUGUUAAGCUUACAGAGUAAGCAGAUAGGCAUAAUUGCAAAGGCAAUGCACAGGGUAGGGAGUCUUGAUACGAAUGAGAAGAACGAGCUUGCGUGUUUGGAUGAGGAGUGGAGGAUUCUCAUGAGUGAUCUUGAGAGAUGA